AUGGACGCGGCAAAUGUCGAAGAUGCGUAUGCACAUCACCUUGUCCUUGUAUUGUCUUUUAUCUUGUUGAAACGAAAAGACUUUUCAAAUCUUUUCUCAUCGGACGAGUUACACCUUGCAUCACAAUUCAUUACAACCUUUAAACCAAUUGAACAACAAGUAUAUGCACGAUUAUUACAGCGUCAAGGGCCAUGGUACAAGACAACGUCACUCUUUCGAUACUUUCAAUUGCCAGAGGAUAUUAAAAUAAAGAGGAAAGAGCUACCACAACAAUACAAGAAACAAAAACAGCUGGUACCACAGAAACAGCUGGUAUCCAAGAAACAGCUGGUACCGCAUCAACAGCUGCAGAACGUUCUAAACGUCAUGAUUGACGCGGGCGUUUUGCAGAAAUUUCCAGUGACGACGCCUGCGUCAUUCAAGAUGGCUACAUUUGCUGACAAUGUCCAUUCGAAGCAACAACUUGACCAGUUGGAUACAGUACUAGAUGCUAUUGCACGUUGUGCGACAGCAUCCGAAUUAGCACGUUUGUACAUGAAAAUGACGGGCAGUAAGAAACACGUUGCCAAAACAAACCUCAUGGCUGCCAUUCAAAAAGUAGCCAAGACACAGAGACGUAUGAAUGGUUCGAGGAUUCCAGUGGCACAGUUGAUGCAAGAAAUUUGGCUUGAGUCCUAUCCUCUAGCUGAAAAAAAGAGUUCGGAUGUGAUGGUACUCCGUAUGACGCCUGGAACUCGAGAUUUGAUACUGAGAAUGCAUCGACUCUUUUACUUUGUGUCUACAUUACCAUUCAAUGCAACGUCAAUGAUGCCACCGCCAUUGGAAGAUGGAAGUCAAUUACUUGCCUUGGCAACGCACAAGCUGCGGCAGGAACCGAUACAGUGGCCGGGUUUGAUGGUGUUUUUUAAAAAAGUUGCGUAUCCAGAAUACAAAUGGACCAAGUGUGCAAAUGUCGAUGACAGUUCGAUGCCAAGGGUUCAUUCUCAUUGCAUAUUUCCAUCGUCGGAAGCGUACGUGAGCUAUGAAGUGGCGUAUCAGCUGCAUCGCAUCAUGAGCGUUGUUGAGCAGUGCAUUCAAAUUGUAACACCUGAAAAGGAAUACCUGGAACCGGAUCUUGAGCUUAAAUGGAUGCGAUCGGAUGGACCGCCAAUUUUUCUUGCUUUUCAGAGACUUUGUAUGGUUGUUUGUAAAGGUGAAGAAACGACUGAAACCGAGGAUGAGUGUGUCAUGGUCGAGGCCAACACGACACCAGUAGGGAAAGUGGAAGACAAAGCGACUGUGAAUUGGCAAAUGCGCAGCUGGGAACAAUUUUACACCGAGAUUGGAAAGAUGGAGUCACUUGAUGAUCUGGUGUUGGCUAGCAGAGAGUGCCUGCAGACAUUUUUGAAGUGGAUGAAGGCUGCUGCGUACAGCACCUCGGGUGUUCCCAUCUACUUUUACAAAUGCAACGCCGGCUAUCACUUGGUUCGUGUCUUGCACACUGCAGUGGGGUUGUACGAGAAGAUGCGCAGAUACCAAAUUGCCACGUUGCUGCUAAAUGAAUUGCUAGCCGCGCCGUAUCUUGAGCGAAAGCGCGGGUAUUGGUGGGAUCGCCUAGCUUUGAACUUGGAGCACUUGAAGUGUGCAGACCAAGCGAGAGACACGUGUUUGAAUGCGUUGGAGGAUCCGCAUGUGCUACUGGCCGAUCGAAUUGCACUUGAAAGGCGUUUGCAUCGAUUGCAACGUCGAGAAAAGGAUGAAGAAAAGUAUCGAGUCGAGUCAUUGUCGACUGCUGACAUGUUGCUGCAAAAUGCUGGAACGAGCCUCAUUUCUACAAACAUGGGUGCCAACGACGACGACGAAGACGAAGAGAAGACGGUGCCACCUGAGACACAACCUUCCUUCGAAUACCACCAGGACCGCAUUGUUGGUCGUCCACUAAAUCGGCAAACGGGAGAAAAAUCACGGUUUGUAGGUUACGACGACGAACCAUGCACGGUUGAACAGCUUGGGCUGCAAUAUUACCGGGAUCACCACCCUGUUAAUGUAGCAUCGAAUGCAAUGGUGAAGACUGGCGGAUGGUACGGGGUGCAUUCAGAAGGCAGCAUAUUUAGAAAUCUGUUUGGUAUCUUGAUGUGGGACGUGCUGUACGCUUGUAUUCCGGACGUCUUCCAGACACCUUUUCAAUCGGCUCCACUGGACUUCGGCUACGCACAUGUAUUCUAUGAAAACCGGCGUGAUCUCAUUGAAAAACGUCUUGCUCAAGUGAAGGAUGAAUGGACAAUGGAAGAGCUGUUGGUAGCAUUUGUGACACGAUGGGAUUCCGAGUUUGGAAAAGUGUCUCGGUUUGUGCACUGGCCAAGCGACGAUGUUGCUUCAUUGAAGUUCCACUUGCUGACACUUGCAGUGAUAGGACGAUCCGAGCUGACGAGCCUAUUGCGCUACAUGGCUACGUCAAAAGAGUUCCACCAGGCUCAGAAUGGUCUGCCUGACCUUCUCCUUCUAAGGAUUGAGUUGUCCAGACCAGAGGAUGAUUCUUCACCGCUAUCUUCACAAUGGCCAAUUGACUGCCACGACUGUCUGAACGUUCACUCGUUUUGCGGCAUGGGUGAAGAGCUGAACAUGAACGAGAAAGCCCACUCGAGUACUGCGUUGCUAGAAGAGAAUGGAAUGUUAUCAGAAGAGAAGCUGGAUGCGUUACCGGUGGACAAUGUUCUCCAGCUUGUACAAAAUGGCAACUAUGUUGCACGCCUGAAGUUGGUGGAAGUAAAAGGACCUCGAGAUCGACUCAGUGUCAAGCAACUUCUCUGGCUGCAAGUUCUGAACGACGAGAUCGGUCUUGACGCUAGCGUGCUGCACGUAGAAGAACCGGAAAAAUAUGCCAAGCGAAAGAAGAAGGAAAGCACUGCAAAGUCUACCCUUACAAAGCGACCUAAAAGACGGAAGUGA